GCCUGGAAGAAAAGUGGGUCGCUGAUUUUCGCUUCUACUGACGGCAAGGAUGACUGCACAGAUUAUGUGGCCGUUUGGGCCAUCAAAGACGGUGCUGUGGGUCACCUCAACGAAGACAAAACAGCCAUCUCGUACAAGAAGGAGUGGAGUCUCUUCAAGUCAGAAGCUCCGCCUGAACCUGUUGCCAUUUAUGAGCAGCCCGGUGAAAAGAUUGACAUUGACAAGCAGGGGUCAGCAACCUCGUUUGUCACGGAUGUCCGAGGGGAGUUC